AUGUGUGGACGCUACGCCAUGGGUGCAGCGCACCUUGCCUUCCUCAACGACUUGCAGGGGCAGUACGCUGGUCUCUUCCGUGCCCGCCGGUUCGAAAACGACGAAUCGCAGGACGGCCCAAUGCGCCUUCGUGGCGGCGCACCCGAACAUCACGUGGCGUGUCAAUGUGGGAUCAAGUGGGAGCGUGAAGGCGACUUCUGGCCCAGUUAUAAUAUUGCUCCACGCCAGCGUGCCCCGAUUCUCCGCCGCGACGCUUCCACGGGAGGCGCCAUGAUCGAGACGAUGCAGUGGGGUCUCGUGCCGCAUUGGACGAAACACCCGCCAUCCGGGCCACUGAACACGAUCAAUGCGCGUUCAGAGGCUCUCAUCGACCCGUCAAGUGGCGGGAUGUGGCACGCCCUCAAGGGAUAUAAGCGCUGUGUCGUGCCGGCGCAGGGAUACUUUGAGUGGCAGAAGAAAGGGAGCUCAAAAGUCGCCAACUUUGCUCGUCUCCCUCUUCCCGAGGGAGGUGAGGCAUGCGAUCCGCCAAUCCUCUUCUUCGCAGGUCUCUGGGAUACAGUCACUUAUGUCGACCCCGUCCCGUCAAAAUUUGUGCCCGGACCAGACGAUGAUCGGGAACCGUACCCAACUGGGAACCCAAUACCACUGACCACGUUCACGAUUCUCACAACUGUUCCCGCCGCAGAUAUUGCAUGGUUGCACGACCGGAUGCCGUGUAUUCUCACAAGCGAAGAAGACGUCGCUCGCUGGUUAGACCUCGGCGUUGAGCCACAGGGAUGGAAGGAGGGUAAGGGGGGUACAGCAGACUUACUUGUUAGCUACCCCGGCAUCACGGCGUUUCCAGUCGUGCCAGAGGUCGGCAAGAUCGGGAAGAGUGACGUGUCCUACAUCCUACCCGUGGCGGAGCGCAAGGACGGGAUCAAGAGUUUCUUUGCCAAGCAGUCGCCGAAGAAAGUUGCGCCGGCUGGACAGCCUCCACCGAAGCCCAUCUCCAAGGCGGAGCUGAUGGGGGACGUCAAGGGCGAGGUCAAGGGCGAGGUCAAGGCGGAGCUGGUGGGGGACGUCAAGGCCGAGGUCAAGGACGAAGAUGACAGGGACAUCAAGCCCAAGGCUGAGGACGAGGCCAUGCCGCAAGUCAAGGAAGAACUCCACGACCAAGCCAAGCCCGAACCCGAACCCGAACCCAUUUCCAUUCCCUCAGAGAUCAUCGACGUCGACGCCGAGCCCCCGCAAAAGCGUAAACGCCAACCAGACCGUCGCGGGCGCCAGACCAAAGUCAUGCGCCCGACCCCGGACAAGAGCGGACAGAAAUCAAUCACGUCCUUCUUCAAGUCGCCCAAGAAGUAA